UGGAUUUAUCUUCGAUUUGUACCGAGAACAUAAAGAAACCCAGGAAUCGACCCUGCAACUUACUCUUGGCAGAGCCACUGGUUUAUUGCUCGUGUGCCUGAAAAGAGAGCGUGAUCCGUUCAACUUCUACAUGGGGCGACUCAAGCUCAUCAUCAUCAUCAACAAACCCCUUCACCACCAUUUCCAUCAAAAACCACACAAACACACACCUACACUCACACACACAAUCCUUGAACACCAACACCACGACACCACAGACAAAAAUUUACCCCACCACAACAAUGACCAACACCACCACCACCCCCAUCCCCUCAAACAACCCCCCCCACCCCCCACAAAACAAUCCCAUAACAAACACCCCCCGCAUCGGCAUCGCCGUCCUAAUCUUCGGUCCCAACAACCUUGUCCUCCUCGGCCAACGCCUCGGCAGCCACGGCGCCGGCACUUGGGCCCUCCCGGGUGGACACCUCGAACCCGGCGAAACCUGGGAAGCCUGCGCCGCGCGCGAAGUGUGCGAAGAGACCGGCCUCAAAGUUUCAGGAUUGACAUACCUAACCGCCACCAACGACCUCAUGCCCGACGAGAACAAGCACUACGUUACCAUUUUUAUGGGGUGUGAGCUGGCGGACGGCGCUGCUGCUGCUGCUGCUGAUGGUGCGCUGCCGCCGCCGCCGGUCCUGGAGCCGAAUAAGUGCGCGGAAUGGCGGUGGGUAAAUUGGCAGGAGGGGGUUAUGCGGUGGUUUCAUGUGCAGGAGCGGGCGGAAGCUGAUGCUGAGGAUGCUGAAGCUGAAGCUGAGGGUGCGGAGGAGGAGAAUGCUGCAUUGAGGGACGGCGACGGCACCAUCAGGGUGGAGUAUCCGUUGUUUUUGCCUCUGCGGAAUCUGCUCAAGCAGAGGAAGUAUUAUCGGCCGUUUGAGGAGUAUCAGAUGUUGGCUGGUUAGUCGGACAUCGCUCGAUGGUUAUGUUGAUAUGCUAAUGGGUGGUGGGGGGAGGGUGUUUCUUUUGUAUGAUAUGAUAGCAUCUCGUCAUGAUGGAUGAGGUCUUAAUUAUAGAAUUCGUUUCCGA